AUGACAGGGCUCCGGGUCCUGACACUGCUGCUGCCUGCCCUGCUGGGCUGGGCCAGCUGCCACCCUGUCCCCGGGAGGAAGAACUUCAACAAGCUGCUGCUGAUCUCCUUCGAUGGCUUCCGCUGGAACUACGACCAGGAUGUGGACACCCCCAACAUGGACCGCCUGGCCCGGGAGGGCGUGAAGGCCAAGUACCUAACACCACCCUUUGUGACAAUGACCUCCCCAUCCCACUUCACCACCAUCUCCGGUCGCUGGAUUGAAGAUCACGGAGUCAUUCACAACAUGAUGUUUAAUACAGAGACACAAUGGAAGUUCUCCCACAAAACGACACAGAACAAGACUGAGUGGUGGGACAAUGGUGUUCUCCCCCUCUGGAUCACAGCCCAGAGACAGGGGAAGAAGACAGCAUCAUUCCACUAUCCUGGAGGAGGUGUGAAGUACAAAGGGGAGGCUGUCCAGCGGUCCCUGGUGGAGUCUUACACUCACCCAGACAGCAACGAGACAGAGUGGAGGGAGAACAUCGAUAUUGUCAUGAGCUGGUUCACUAAGGAAGACUUUGACUUUGUGACUCUAUACUAUGGAGAGCCAGAUAACAUGGGACACAAAUUUGGGCCUGAGACGGAGAACAGAAGGGUGAUUAUUCAGCAAAUCGACAGAACCAUCGGGUACCUGGUGGAAGCCAUUGAGAGACACAGUUUGACCGACCACCUCAAUGUCAUCAUCACAUCAGACCAUGGCAUGACCACAGUAAAAAAGAAGCCCAACGUCACUGAGAUCCUCUUGACUAACUACAUCAAGUUCAGGGACUUGGUCAAGUUUGAUAUCGUGGACUAUGGUGGCAUGGGGAUGCUCCUGCCCAAACCAGGGCAAGAGGAAGCCGUUUACCAAGCACUGAAGAAUGCACACCCUCACCUCAAUGUGUACAAGAAGGAGGAAUUCCCAGAACGCUUCCAUUUUGCUAAACACAAGCGGGUCCUGCCUAUCGUGAUGUAUGCCGACUCUGGUUAUAACAUCAAUGGGCGAUUUAUAAUAUAUUUCAACAAAGGAGAUCAUGGCUUUGAUAAUGCCGACAUGGACAUGAAGACCAUAUUCAGAGCUUUUGGGCCAGAUUUCAAGAAGAAUCACCUAGCUGAGCCUUUUGACAGCAUCCACAUCUACCCACUCAUGUGUAAGCUCCUGGGGGUUACCCCUGAACCCCACAAUGGCUCCCUGGCAGUCACCCAGGAAAUGCUUGUGGACUCUUAUGACCAGCAGCCAGGUCUGAGAACCUACGUAUCCUCGCCCAUUAACCGCGCCACCUACCCAACCACCCGGAGCCGCGAACCCGCACCUUGA